AUGGGGCUGAACGGAAAGCGGUUGCUACAGCCACGUCUCACAUUUGCCGCGAAAGUCCGUCCAGACCGAAUGCAAGGCUCGAUUGUUCUCAAGCCUCUUCGGCGUCCCGUCGGGCCUCGAACCAGAGACCUGUCAAUGCGCCCAUCUGCCGCCCUCUUUCCCCUCAGAUGGACUCGAACUAAUCCCGUGGGCAUGUCCGCCUCUCGCCGGCCGGCCGAACGAACGCGAGCCGAGGCAUGGCUCCUGCCCCGCCCGCUCGGAUUGGCUCAGCUCAAGCCAACUCACAGAACAACUCUGUCCUUCCCUCUUCCUUCCAGCUCUCUCUCUCUCUCUCUUUUUCUUUAUUUCCCCUUUUAUCUAUCUAUCUAUCUAUCUAUCUAUCUAUCUAUCUAUCUAUCUAUCUGCUCGUCUAUCAAUCUAUCAAUCAAUCUAUAUAUAUAUAUAUAUAUCCACCUACUUAUCUAUCUAUCUAUCUAUCUAUCUAUCUAUCUAUUUAUUUAUCUAUCUAUCUAUCUCCAUCUGGCAACUUCUUGCAAAAGUUGCCCAUUCGCCCUGCCUCAUCGUCGCCUUUUCGACAUUUGCCUUUCGCCUUUCGCCGUUCAUCUUUUCGUCCUUGUUGCUUCGCUCUUCACGUCUGACCUGGGCUUGAUUUGUCUCUGCUGGCCGGCUCAUUGCGUCACCGCUUCUCGUUGCCCCGGAGCCUCUGUCGCGUCUCGCCUUUGCCAUCGCCGUCCGUGCGAGUAUUGGCAAAUGGAAGUGUGGCACACCGACAACUCGCCCUCCACCAGACAGCCAAGGACGCGCUGGAGCCCAGCCUCGCCCAAGCCUCGCCCAAGUUUGGCCCGAACCUGGCUCGGUUCCGGUCGGUCGGUCGGUCGGUCGGUCGGUCGGUCGGUCGGUCGAGCGAGCGGCAGAGACCUCUUUCUCCGAGGCCUCGAUAACCUCUCGCGUCUCGCCCAUUUCUCCCUCUCUCGCCCAACCUGCUUCACACUCCGUCCACCUGUCUGUCCGUCUGUCCGUCUGUGUGCCGACCUGCAGUUGACCAUCUUGUGGCAGAAGAAGACGACCGUCUAUAGACCCUCCGACCCGGUACCCCCUUCCGACAACUUGGCCUCCUGUACCCCUCGCCGGCCCACUCGCGUACGCCCCAUUCGUCGGACAGUCAUCCUCUCCGUCUGUCCGUUCAUCCGUCUGUCUGUCUGUCUGUCUGUCUGUCUGACGGCAUGCCGGCAUGCCGUCCCGUCAGAAGUCGCUUUCACCGUUGCUGGGGCGCAUAAGAAGACCUGCUGUCCGCCGGGGCUGAUCGAUCGCACUCAAUUGUCGCGGCUGCGCGUGGUUACACGAUGCGGUGCUGUGUGUCUCGGCGCCAAGCCCACCUCGAGCUGGUUCUCGUUGACGACAUGUCGACCGGUUGUCGUAGCCCAGCUCGGCUCGAGCAAAACAGUCGCUCUCUCGAGACAGCCCCUCUCCUCACUCGCCCAGGAUUACUCGCCUCCCCCUCCUCCUCGUGGCGGCCUCGAUGCCCCGGAAUUAUCCUCCUUCAACGCCGACGUCGACGUCGACGUUGACGUUGACGUCGACGCGCACAGCCUCAGUCACACCCACACCCACGGCAAUGGCGCUUGCCAACGUGACGCCGACAAUGACGCCAACGGCGACGCCAACGCCGACGGCGACGGCGACGGCGACGGCAAUUACGGCGAGCGUUCAGGGCCUCCUUCAUGCUCGCCUCGGACGCCCGACAGCCCUGCCUCGCCUCGGUCCAGCUUGAUCGGAAGCCUCACUCCCGAUUCACCCCCC